AGCCGUUUGGCUCGGCCCGUCUUUCGCUACGGGGACCGAGGACGCCCACUCAGCUCCUCGGGCGGCCGUACGGCCACCCCUUCGCGCGCGCGUGCGCGCCACUCCUCGGCGGUAGGGCUACGAUGCCCCGCGGAGAGAUGGAUGGCCGGCUCGCGGCGCCCGUGCGCUCUCGGCUGGCCUGGGCGGACGCGGGCCCGAACGGCGACGGCACCAGCUGCGACGAGGGCUCGCUGUCGGGCUCGGGGUCCCCCCGCCACGGGCCGGGCCGCAGCGGCAGCAGCGCGGGGGCCGCCGGCCCUUCGGCGUCGUCGGCGGCAGGGCACGGCGGCGGCGGCCCGGCCGGCAGGGCGCGCGCGCGCGCGGGCUCGUUGGCUGGCGAGGCGGCGCAGGCGCCCGCGGCGCGGGCGCACGCGGACUGGCAGGGCGGCGCCGCGGCGGCGAGGUCGCCGAGGCUUCAGAACCGCAAGCUCUGCGAGCGCGGCGGCGACGCCCAGCAGCCCGAAGAGGCGGAGGAGGGCGUCAGGCCCACGCAGACCGAGGCCGACGUGCAUACGGGAAGCGGCCGCGCUGUGAGCCGAGAGGACCACGACGAGGUCACAGACGACGAGCUGGCGGCCCUCAUGUUGCGCAUGCCGAAGGGCGACAACGGUGAGCUCACCUCGGUGGGCUCCACCAAGCACGCCGAAGGCACUUGCAAGCCGUGCGCCUUCUUUUCCACGCAGGUGGGCUGCCAGAAGGGCAUUCGGUGCGAUUUCUGCCACAUCCUGCACCGCAGGAAGGACAGGCGGAGGCUCGGGAAGCAGAAGCGCGAGCGCUACCGCGACCUGAUCUCCAGGGUGGCCAGCGGCAGCAAGGCAGAUCCAGAGCCGUCGCGGCAGAGCGCGGGGAGCAGUGACCAGCUGCCAGGUGGAUAGCGCGGAGCCUGGGAGCGGACAUUGUACGCAGCAUUGUCCAGCACGGUGGCGGAUGUCGGGCUUCUUGUCGAGCUGGGUGGCGGCCAGGGCAUCCGCUCAUCACUGUUGAGGCCAGUCUGCGCUCCCGUCAAGGAGGGCGCCGGGAAUCAGUUACACAGCGCGCCGGCUCGUGGUGUACCUGAGCCGUUGGUUUGUUCAGCGCUUGCGCAGCCCAGUGGUUGGAUACCACACAACUGCACGUUUCAACGCCAGGACCGCGAGCGUUUGCCCGAUUGUUCUGCUUCGAUGUUCCAAUAGGCUUGGCAGCAACGAGCGCUACGAUGCCUGGGCGGGUCGAAUCCAGCCAACUCUGGCAACCCUUCUAGGGUCGACAUGCGUCUAAUUGGCGAUGCGUGUCAACGAGGUGUUAUUUUGGCGGCCAGGUGAAGGCAGCCUGACGUGACCUAAACUGCAAAUGGUUUGGUCGGGGUCAAUUAGUUUCAAACGAGGUCCGCCCUUGCUGCAGAGGAUCCGCUUCACCACUGCGUCGGGGGAGGACGUGUACGCGCAUGAGUUCGCACUUUGUCUCUUGCACGAGCCUGCCCAAGGCUGCCUCCCACGGGGAAAACCAGCCUAGUGCACGGCACAAUAGAAGGUGGCCAGUUCAAGGCAUAUGCGGUCCAUCGCCGCGUUCCCGUGCAUGUGUGCGCGCAUGUUUGGCGUCAUUGGGUAUCCGAGUGUUGAGGUAUUGACCGCCUACGUUAUCAGCCAUGGUAGGCGGGUUGCUGGGGUGGAGAAGGUGAUGGUUGCACGGACACAGCAUGAAUUCAACAUUCCGCGGGUAAUGGAUGUUGAAGCCAACAUCUGCGGAUUAUGUGUGCCGCCCCAUGAGUGGGCAGCGCACAUGAGGGCUGCCGGGCACAAUAACUCAUGCAGUGCCGUUGUUGUUUUUUGCUGUUUGGCAGCUCGUCUAACACGAGCCCAUGUAUGGGAUCCUCGUGAUUAUUAUUCCUAUCUUGUACUACCUUCCGUUGUGCGUGCGCUUCGGCCACGACUGCGCGAACUUUAGAGAACCUGCAGUUGUCUAGCUUGUGACUGGAAUCGUCUGCGGUCUUGUAUCUGGCAGGGGGGUGCAGUCUUGAUUUGGAGUGCAAGGCACGUGUAUGGAAGGCGUGAUUUGGAAUGGGUUGUUGUAGAGUUGAAUGGCAAACUCCAUGGCAUUGCACUGUUCGAGCAGGUAGGUACGCCAGGCAAUGGCGCGGGCAGAUCCAGCUUCAGUGGUUGGAUACCACUCCAGUGGGAUUGCUCGAGUCAGCGACCCCAUUAUGCCUUAUCUAGCUGUCGCCGAACGGCUCCCGUGAUCAGCUCGGCUUGCAGCUGAUGAUCUCGAUCAUCGUGAUACGCGCACGGCGCGCAGUCAUUGGAGCGGCCUGCCUACUCCUGCGGGGCGGCGCCCCGCAGUCGUGGAGUGGCGCAGCGAUCCCGAGGGGGCCUCCCGUGGCAGCGAAGCUGUCGCCGCGGCUGCCCACCUCGCUCCCCCCCUUGGAUGGGUGCUCAGCAUGGUUCUGACAAGA